AUGGUACAAAUAUCUAUAUCUGGUGAAGAGCUUCCACAAGAUGAAGUUAUUAAAAAAAGUAAAUUUCAUUUUUUUAAAAGGAAAGGUACAUCUAAAGCUUUACCGAUUUAUAUUAGAAGAGAAACAUUAACGUCAAACACUCAUUCUAUUUUAAAUAAAAAUGAAAAAAACCUUUCAAGAGAAAAAUUAUUAGAUCCAAAGGAUUUUCUUUCAUAUGCAGAAUAUGUUCAACCUACCAAUGAAGACAAUACAGGGGCGGCUAUUUCCGACUCUGUUCAAAAGAUGGAAGAAGCUCAAAAAAAAUCAAUAUUAAAUGAAAGAUCAAUAAACAGUAGAAGUUUUAAAAAGUUGAUGCAUUCAUUUAAAGGAACUAAAAAAUUUGCAUCAAAGAACAAGAAAGAAGGAGUAAGUCAAAAAGAAGGGACACUUUUCAAUAUAUUUUCUGGUGAGAAUGACAUAGAUAAAAACAAUUAUUUAAUGAUAGAUUCAACAAAAGAAUUAAAAAACUUCAAAUUAAUCACACAAAACAAUUUGAAGAUAUCAAAAACUUCAAAAAAUAACUUGGAUAAUAAAGAUUGUGGUCAAUUGCAGACAUUUACUAAGAAAGAGGAUAAUAUUUUCCUUUCUGAAAAUCCUGAAACAGGUAGAGAAGAAAGAAGUGGUUACGUAAAACUGAUCAAAUCUAGACCUUGUAACUGUACGUCACAAUCACAAGGGGAAAAUGCAAUCGACAUUAAAAUAAACAUUACAGAAAAAAUGGGUAGAAAUAUUAUCAAUAUUUAUAAUAUGGUAGCAAUUGAAAAGGCCUUACCUAUACUAGAUACAUCAGCAAUAGGUGAUAUAUCAGAAGAAUUGACUAGAAAAAUAUAUAUAAUGUUACAAUCUAGUUUGACAGACUAUUCAGAUAAGUGCAUAAAUUUUCAAGAAUUGUUAUUCAAAAAGGAAGAAAAGAUUAAAUUGUUAGAAACAAACCUUUCUAGAGUGGAACAACAAUUAAUAAUAUCUAAAUCCUAUGAUGUUUUCUUAAGCGACAAAACAAUGUUAAAAAAAGAAACACAUAAUAAUACAAAAAUUAUGAAACCAGCAGGAUACCAGACUAAUACUCCACCCCGUAGUGAACGUUCAAAUAAAAAAAACGAUCAUAUAUAUUAUAGUUUAAAAAACUUGGAGACAAAAUAUGAUCAAUUGUACAAUGCGUAUGGUUGUUUAGAAAAUGAAAGUCAGCAGGUUAAAAAUCAGAGUAUUCUUCUAAUGUUUUAUAGAGAUAAAUCUAUUAAAUUUUUAGAAUUAUUAUAUCAACUUUUUGAGGGUUUACUUCAUAAAAAAUGUCUAAUAAAAUAUCAAUUAUGUUUGAAAGAGUUAACUUCAAACUAUUAUUUAUAUAAAACCAGCAUUGUGCUUGGAUCUCAAAUUGAGUCGACUAAAUCAGAAAUUGAAUAUUUUUUUGAUGAAAUUGCUACAGAUGCACUUAUGAAAAAAGUGGCUUCAAAACUUUCCUCAUUAACGAACAAAACAAAAAUAUUAGAAGAAAAGCUUCACAAUUGUGCAGAGAUAACACCUUCUAGGGGAGAUGAAGAUACAAAGCUAAAAAUAAAGGAACAAUAUGAUCUUUCAUAUUGA